GAUGGUAGGCUGGCCAGCAGAAAAUUGCCAGAGACAGGACUGGAAGAUUUAGCUGCCCUUUGUUCCCCUCUUGGCAGCCCGGGGCCCUCCUCACACACUGGGUACCAUGGACUCCCCAGGGUACAACUGCUUUGUGGACAGGGACAAGAUGGACACAUCCAUCCAGGACCUAGGGCCAAAGGAACUGAACUUCACUGAGCUUCAGGAACUGAAGCAGCUAGCACGCCAGGGCUACUGGGCGCAGAGCCACGCCCUGCGGGGGAAAGUGUACCAGCGCCUGAUCCGGGACAUCCCCUGCCGCACAGUUACACCUGAUGCCAGCGUGUACAGUGAUAUCGUGGGAAAGAUUGUGGGCAAGCACAGCAGCAGCAGCCUGCCCCUGCCUGAGUUUGUGGACAACACUCAGGUGCCCACCUACUGCUUGAAUGCACGGGGUGAGGGGGCUGUGCGCAAGAUUCUCCUUUGUAUCGCCAACCAGUUUCCCGACAUCUCCUUCUGCCCUGCCCUGCCAGCUGUGGUAGCCCUGCUGUUGCACUACAGCAUCGAUGAGGCUGAGUGCUUUGAGAAAGCCUGCCGCAUCCUGGCCUGCAAUGACCCCAGCAAGAAGCUCAUUGACCAGAGCUUCCUGGCCUUUGAGUCCUCCUGCAUGACAUUUGGGGACCUAGUGAACAAGUACUGCCAGGCGGCCCACAAGCUGAUGGUGGCUGUGUCAGAGGACGUCCUACAGGUCUACUCUGACUGGCAGCGCUGGCUGUUUGGAGAACUGCCCCUCAACUACUUUGCCCGCGUCUUCGAUGUCUUCCUUGUGGAAGGCUACAAGGUGUUGUACCGCGUGGCCUUGGCCAUCCUCAAGUUCUUCCACAAGGUGAGAGCAGGGCAGCCCCUCGAGUCAGACAAUGUGAAACAGGACAUCCGCAUGUUUGUUAAGGACAUUGCCAAGACAGUGUCUCCUGAGAAACUGCUAGAGAAAGCCUUUGCCAUCCGCCUGUUCUCCCGCAAGGAGAUCCAACUCUUGCAAAUGGCCAAUGAGAAAGCACUGAAGCAGAAGGGCAUCACUGUCAAGCAGAAGAGUGUCUCACUUUCUAAAAGGCAGUUUGUACACUUGGCAGUCCAUGCAGAGAACUUCCACUCAGAGAUUGUCAGUGUGAAGGAGAUGAGAGACAUCUGGUCCUGGAUCCCUGAGCGGUUUGCCCUCUGCCAGCCCCUCUUGCUCUUCUCCUCACUACAGCAUGGAUACAGCCUGACCAGGUACUAUUUCCAGUGUGAAGGACAUGAGCCCACCCUCCUGCUCAUCAAGACCACACAGAAGGAGGUAUGUGGAGCUUACCUGUCAACAGACUGGAGUGAGAGAAAUAAAUUUGGAGGCAAUAUGGGCUUCUUUGGAACUGGAGAAUGCUUUGUGUUUAGGCUGCAGCCAGAGGUACAGCGUUAUGAGUGGGUGGUCAUCAAGCACCCAGAGCUGACUAAACCAACAUCCUUCAUGUCCUUGGAGACUGCAGCCACUCCCUCCCUCCUCAGCCACUCCAUCUCUUCAGACCCUGCUGACCGGCUCUCACCCUUCCUGGCUGCUCGGCACUUCAACCUGCCCUCCAAGACUGAGUCCAUGUUCAUGGCUGGGGGCAACGACUGCCUCAUUAUAGGGGGAGGAGGUGGCCAGGCACUCUACAUUGACGGGGACCUGAACCGGGGCCGCACUGGACACUGUGACACUUUCAAUAACCAGCCCCUGUGCUCUGAGAACUUCCUCAUCGCUGCCGUGGAAGCCUGGGGCUUUCAAGACCCUGACACCCAGUGAUGGGCCUGAGUUGACGGGCUAUGGGCUGGAAAGCUGGACUUCAUUGCAGUUCCACACCAGAAGGUGGCCUCUGGAGGAAUUUUCUUUGACCACCUUGACCAGUCAAUUCCAUUUUCAGAGUCCUGCUCGGAGAUGUAUGGAAUCACUGGGGCUUCUCACCCUCUUCUCUAUCCCUGUAGCUUCCUUCAACUUCCUAUAGUCUCAGUGACUGCCUGUUUCCCUUCCUCGUCAUUGUAGUGGCUGGGUCCAGGCUCACCUGGACUCAUAGCAUGACAUACUUGUCUCAGUCAAGCUUCCUUUCCUUUGCUCAGGCUCUGUGCCACCCCAUUCCUGCCCACACAGCACCAGUACGAACCAGUAUGACCUCCUUCUGACCCCUCUGUUGGCACUAUGGCUGGCCACAUGCCAUGUUAUUCUGUAUGCUACUCCUCCCAUGUGGAUACCUGUGCUUCCUGAUCCCUGCACUGGCCUGGUGCACAGUAGGUGCCAAAAGAAGAGCUGCCCCUGAAGACUGCAAGGAGCUCCACCUUCCCAAGACAUUAUCUCCCCUCCCACCCUGUGACCUCCCUCAGCUGGUCCUGAGGGUUUAGGUACACAGAAGGAGAGGAGAAUCAGUGACCCAAGUGGCCAUGCUGGAGCCAUAAAAGCCUGGAUGGUAGGAACAGGUGCCUUGUCCCUGCAUGACUAUGUCUGGUAUGCCUCAGAGUCACCAUGUGCCAUGCCAAUGCCUAUCUGCACCUUGCACCUGAUGCUUGUUCUUCCUGUGGGAGGCUCAUCCUCCCCUACCCAUCUAUUCACAUCACGUCUCAGCAGGGCCACAGUGACACAGAAGGCAAGACAGGAACCCUAUGCCACUUUGGGCAGGCUGAUAAACCUGCCUGGAGCUCAAGUUGCCCCCCCAUGCAGUGGACUAGUCCUCCUGCCAUGCUGUCUUCCAGGAUAGGAGUCAUUGUGAGUCUCUCUGGAGGGGAGUGGUAUUGAGAGGAGCUAUUGUUGCUCACCCCACAAACUCAGCAGCCCUUGCCAUCCAUUUCCUCUGAGCUCAUAGCCCAGAGCUCAUGUCUGUACCUCCAACUUUGUUGCUCAUUAAACACCAUCUUGGUUUUUUUGUUUC